AUGCUACCAAAACUAAGAGGAUUAGGCUUAACUGAUUGUAGCCUUUCUGAUCAUUUUAUCCUUUCAUUGAGUCCUUUCGAAUUCAACUUUUCUACUUCCCUGUUGGCCUUUGAUCUUUCUGACAACACCUUCACGCCACCCGUGAUAUUCCGGUGGGUGUCAAAUAUCACUUCAAACCUUGUUGAGCUAGACCUUUCUGGCAACAACUUGGAGGGUUCUGUAUCCAAUCAUUUUGGCAUGGCAAUGAAAUCUCUUGAGAUCCUUGACCUUUCCCUUAAUAAUCUCAAGGAUGAGGUUUUGAAAUCCUUCAUGAAUAUAUGCACCUUACAUUCUUUAAACAUGCAAGGAAAUAAUUUGACCGAAGACCUUCCAUCAAUUCUUCAUAAUUUGUGUAAUGGAUGUAUUAGAUACUCACUACAAGAUUUGAAUUUGGGAGAAAAUUAUAUUAAUGGAUCUUUACCAGACAUUUCAGCAUUUUCAGUUUUGAAGUCAUUGUAUCUUUCAAAUAAUCAAUUAUCUGGAAAAAUAGCAGAAGGUAAUAAAUUGUCAACUCAAUUGGAAUCUUUAUCAAUCUCAUCAAAUUUUCUAGAAGGUGGAAUUCCGAAAUUAUUUGGUAAUGCAUGUGCUUUGCGCUCAUUGGACAUGAAGGCUAAUAACUUGAGUGAUGAGCUUUCAACAAUAAUACAUCACUUGUCUGGAUGCGCUAAAUACACACUAGAACAUUUGGGCUUGCAAGAAAAUCAAAUCAAUGGUAUGAUUCCUGACCUUUCAGCUUUUUCAGCUUUGAUGUCAUUGGAUCUUUCAAACAAUCACUUGAAUGGGAAGAUAAGAGAAGAUAUUAAUUUACCAUUUCACUUGGAAUAUUUAUCAAUCUCAUCAAACUUUCUAGAAGGUGGAAUUCCCAUAUCAUUUGGAAAUGCAUGCGCUUUGCGCUCAUUAGAAAUGGAGGAUAACAGGUUGAGUGUAGAGUUUUCGAUGAUAAUUCAUCAUUUAUCUGGAUGUGCUAGAUAUUCAUUAAAAGAAUUAUAUCUACACAUGAAUGAAAUCAAUGGCACACUAAUUGACCUCUCAAUAUUCACAUCUUUAAGAGUGUUAUCUAUUGGUGAAAACAAGCUAAGUGGAAAGAUUUUAAAAAAUAUUCAAUUUCCACCUCAACUAGAAGAUUUAGACAUACAGUCAAAUUCCUUAAAUGGUGUGUUCACUGACUAUCAUUUUGUUAAUGUACAUUUCCCAAAUGGUUGA